AUGCCUCCGUCACGGGCUACUCGCAGCAUAGCCAACUCGCACACUGGCAGUGGAGCUCCCCCAACUGAAGUCGGCGCUCAAGUUUCGUCAACACACGCCGACGCUCAAGUCUCGUCAACGCAUGCUGAGGCUCAGGCUAAGUCAACGCGCACGUUGCGAGCCAGGCAGGCCUCGACACCGUACGCCGAUGAUCAUGUCAAGUCGAAGGGUAAAGGAGGGCGCAGGAAGGUUCUGAGCGCGGGCAAGCGCUUGCAGGACAAGCGCUAUCCGAAUGGUGUCAGCAAGGACUCCGAUUGGAGUGCAACAUGUCGCAAAUUUCAGGACGAUUAUCUUGAGAAGGUUACGGUGUCGGAGAACCACGCAGAGGUUAUGUCGCUCAGGGAUCAUCCCAUGGUCGUGGGGCAGUUGAAUGAGGGGAACAGCGCUACUGCUGAAAUACCCUGGUUGACAGAGAAUGCGUCAGGACUGCGCCCCCGUUUUAUCUCUGUUGGAAGCUUGAUCCUGACUCCUUCGGCCACGAAGGAGAAGUUUCCCGAGGAGAUGUGGGCAGCUGUGGUUAUAGGCAUCAGCAAGAACCAAGCCACGUUACUUUAUCUGGAGUCGCUUAAGUGUAUGAAGGCCGUUGCUGAGAAUGGUGUCGCCACCAAUCGCAAAAGCCUCAGCUCCCAGAUUGAGCUUCUGCCUUCGUCGGAUUCCCAUCCCAACAUGGUGUUUGUCACGAACGAGGUGCUUGGAAAAGUCCCUUUGCAUCAUAUCCUUGUUGCACCCACAGAGGAGGAGAUCCUGUCCAUGUGGAAUAUCUCCCGCAACUUCGGAGUCCAAAUCACCGGCAACAAGAAGACGAAGAGACGCAGCUAUGCAAUUCUUGGAAUCCAGAGGACUGCAAUCCAGCGCAACGGUACUCCGGAGGUGUAG